AGGGUCACACACAGGAUCAAGCAGGACCUCAGCAUUUUAACUUUUUAAUACAAAUGGAAUCACAUGAAGAUGUUCAAUACUGUUUUCAAGACAGAAACUCUUCUUGCAGAAAGGCUUUGCUAUCGACAUCUAUCUACAUAACACUGUACAUCUUCUUCUCAUUGAUUUCAGCAGUUACAGUACUUUUGAACCUACUGGUGAUCAUCUCCAUCUCUCACUUCAAGCAGCUCCACACUACAACCAACCUGCUCAUCCUCUCUCUGGCUGUGUCAGAUCUCCUGGUUGGACUGAUUGUGAUACCAGUAAUGACUGUAGCAUUAAUGGAACCAUGCUGGGGUUUUGGGGAAUAUUUCUGUGUGUUUCAUGCCUACAUUGCUUCUUUAUGUACUUCUUUAUCUCUGGGCAAUUUGGUCUUGAUAUCUAUUGACCGCUAUGUUGCUGUGUGUGAUCCCUUAUUGUACCACUCUAAAAUAACAACAACAAGAAUCACGUGUUGUAUAUCCAUCACCUGGUGUUGUUGUAUCAUAUACCGUGCUGCUAAUAUACAAACUUUUGUAAAUGUACAGGUACCAAGUAGGUGUUUGAAAGAAUGUAUUACUGUUGAAGGGUCAGUCUGGGUUAAUAUCACUGACCUUGUAAUUACAAUAGCUGUCCCGUGCUCUGUUAUUAUAACACUUUAUGUGAAAAUCUUUGUGGUGGCCAGAUCACAGGCCAGAAAGGUAUUUUCAAAAGAGGCUGCCAGUGUGUCUGGUGUUAAAACUGUACAGGCAAGUAAGUCUGAGAGAAAAGCAGCAACAACUCUAGGUAUUGUUGUUUUCAACUAUCUCAUUGGUUGGAUUCCAUCUCUAAUUGUUUUCUUUUUCUUUUCUGUUUUAAUUGAUCAUUUAUUAUCAUAUUUCAUUCGUUUUCUGUCAUUUGUUAAUUCCUUAAUUAAUCCAAUCAUUUAUGCUUUCCUUUAUCCAUGGUUUAAAGUGACAGCUAAACUUAUAUUAAGACGUUCAUUGUUCCAAUAAUGUGAUUCCCUAGUUAUACUGACAUGACUCAUCUCACUGUUGUCAUCAUAGGUACAUGUGGUGUUGAUAAAGAAUGAUUUGCCUGGAUUGUAAUGGAAUGACUUGGAGAAGUUAUAAGAAUGCAUAAGCUUGUUUUAUAAAAGACAUUGUAGUCAUUGUGGAUUGUGUACUCCAAAUACCUAAGGCUGUGGUUGUUCCAUGUUAAUGAUAAAUAGUAUGUAAGUAUUCUAAUAGAACAUUCUGAGGACGUCAUGAGUCAUUCUAUAUGUUGGUUAACAUCUCCCUCUAGUGGCUCAAUUGUGACACAACGUCUUCAUCAAGUGCAGUAAAGUUGAAAUGUAUAAUACUCCAUGAUAUCAGAUAAUGUCCAGGUCUAAAUAAAUGCUGUGUUGUGUAAGUAGUUGAUGGUAAAAUGUAAGAAUAUACAUGUAUGGUUAACACUUUAUAAUAACAUUCAGUAAUAAACCAUUUGUAAGGAAUUUAGUCUGCUCACCAUUUAAUAUUAAGGCCACAUUUACUAAAUGUUAUUCAGCUAGGUAUUCUGACAUUUAUAAAUAACUACUACAGUAUAUACAUGAAUUAUUCAACACAACAGAGGAGACCAUUAGCAGACACUUCAACCUCAACAUACUGGGUAUGAAUAGUACCACUACACUCACUACAUCACUGCUGCCAGGUUAGGGGU